AUGUUUGACCACUGUCGCUCUAUUCGAGUGGAGAGCGGCAUGUUCAUGAUCUAUGACCGCCCUGGAUACAUGGGACACCAGCACUUCAUGAGGAGAGGAGACUAUUCAGACUACAUCAGUAUGACAGGCAUGACGGACUGUGUCAGGUCCUGCCGUAUGAUCCCUGUGCACAAUGGUUCCUUCAGACUCAGACUGUAUGAACAUUUUGACAUGAGCGGGACAAUGAUGGAGCUUUCAGAAGACUGCACCAACCUCAUGAACCGCUUUCAUGUGUCAAAUUUCAACUCGUGUAAUGUGGAGGGCCACUGGCUGGUGUACGAGCACUCUCACUACAGAGGGCGCCACUGCUACCUCCGACCAGGCCAGUAUAAGAGCUUCAAUGACUGGAAUGGCUACAGCUCCAAGAUGGGAUCCAUCAGACGUCUAAAGGAUCUUUAA